AUGGCACAUAGGAAACUCCAGCAGGAGGUGGAUAGAGUCUUCAAGAAGAUUAAUGAAGGUUUAGAUAUCUUCAACACCUAUUAUGAAAGACAUGAAAGUUGUAACAAUAAUCCUUCACAGAAGGAUAAACUAGAGUCCGAUUUGAAGAGGGAGGUAAAAAAGUUGCAACGACUUAGGGAGCAAAUCAAGUCGUGGCAAUCUUCUCCUGAUAUUAAAGAUAAGGAUUCGCUGUUGGAAUACAGACGGUCUGUAGAGAUAGCGAUGGAAAAGUACAAGGCUGUAGAGAAGGCCUCGAAAGAGAAGGCAUAUUCGAAUAUUAGCCUGAAAAAAUCUGAAAUAUUGGAACCCGAAGAGCAGGAGAGAAGAGAUGCCUCAGAUUACAUUUCUUCCAUGAUUGAUGAAUUAGAAAGGCAAUAUGAAUUCCUGCAGGUAGAGAUAGAUAAGCUUUUACUCUUAAACAAAAAAAAGAAGACUGCUUCUCAGUUAAACGACGAAAAAAUAGAGCACAUGAAGACUCUACAACUGAGAUACAGGUGGCAUCAACAACAAAUGGAACUAGCAUUGAGAUUGCUGGCUAAUGAAGAAUUGGAUCCACAAGCAGUGAAUGACGCUAAAGAUGAUAUCAACUAUUACGUUGAAUCCAAUCAAGAUCAAGAUUUUAUAGAAGAUGAAACAAUCUAUGAUAGUUUGAAUUUACAAUCGAAUGAAGCUAUUGCACAUGAAGUUGCUCAAUAUUUUGCAUCUCAAAGUGCUGCUGAUAACGAAGAUAAUGCAGAAGAAACUAAUACUGAUGCGUCUAAGUUAUCAAAGAAAGAGCAAAGAAAAUUGGAAAGGGAAGCCAAGAAAGCUGCAAAACUUGCGGCUAAAAGUGCACCAACUACUGCAUCGCCUUCUGUUAAAUUAGAAAUAAAUAAAAGUGCAACACCAUCUCCAGUACUUAAAAAUGAAAGUGUAGAGCUUUCGUCAAUGAAAAGUAUACCGACAUCAGCUAGUGUGCCAAAUACUGCAAAGAGUCCGAAUGCCUUGCCUCAGUUAACAUCUUUAAAGUCUUCGCCACCUAAUGAACAACAUCAGGAUAUACAGGGCACCCAUACGCAUAUCCACCAAGGACAGAAUGGUUUAACAAGUUCUACGAUUCUUAAACCAGCAACAGUACCAGCUAGGCCCGCAGGAGAACUUAAAUGGUCGGUUGCUGCAAGUAUGGGGCUUGAAAAAGAUAAGAAAAGUACAUCGACAGAUAUUUCUACACCAGUAAGUAAACCUUCUAGUAUAGUCACGACUCCUAGGUUAGGUACUCCUGUUCUAGAAAAAUCUACUAUUACGCCCACAUCGUCUUCAUCGGUGACAGCAGCCGCUGUCCUAGCUGCUGGUGCAGCAGCUGUACAUCAAAACAACCAACAAUUUCACAAAGGUUUUGAAAACAAUGUUGGCUCACAAACACCUAGUUCGAUAUUACUGAACAAUGUAAAACAGGAAGGACAGAAGGAUCAAGAAUCUGAGACCAACCCAGUUGCAGAAACUACUAAUACAGUUGAACCUGAAAUAGAGAGUCCAUCAACCCCAUCGUUAAUAGAGGAUUAUGAAUCAGAUAUUUCUGAUGACGAUCUAGGUGAGGAUGAACCCAAUUUAAUUCCAUUGACACCUGAUGAAUUGAAAAAGAACAUAAUAGCUCAUGACCAUUUGCACCAGGAAUAUAUGUCAGAUUGGGGUUCGCUACUUUUACCUAGCGGGAUUCAAGAAUUUAUUAUGGGCGUGGAACUUACAAAAAAUAACUUGAACUCAAACAACGGUAGAUUAGGUGGUUAUAGAAGGAGCAUAGAUCUUUGUGAAGUUAAUAGACUUGACCCUAUUCCACAUGGUGUAAAUCCUCCAACUCCUCUAGAUGCUUUCAGGUCGACCCAAAAAUGGGACAUUGUUCGUUGUUCGUUGCGUGAUGUUAUCUCCAAAUCAGAAAGUGAGACCGAGAUAUAUCAAGAAAUUAUUCAAAGAUUUAGGGGACUAGAAAUGUUCACUCUAUUUUACAACUAUUAUUUUGCGGUCACCCCCUUAGAAAAGGAGAUCUCUAAUGUGAUAUUAAACGAAAGAAGUUGGAGAAUUUCCAAAGAUGAAACGCUUUGGUUUUUAAGACAAGGUUCUGUCAAACUUCAAAACGAGUUUUGUGAGAUUGGUGACUAUAAGAUCUUCAAGUUAGAUGAUUGGACAGUUAUUGAUAAGAUUAACUUCAAACUGGAUUAUUCCAAUUUGAAAAUUAGUUCUCCAACAACGACAGAUUCUGCCGCAGAUGUUAUAGAGGAAAGUGAGAGCAUUAACCAAGAAACAGUUAGUGCUGAGAGCGACAAGUUAUCUCAUGGCCAACAGCUGCUCCAACAACUGAAACAAGGAAAGGUUGGUGUGCCCGUAUGA